AUGUUGGUGCCAAGAGUCGACGAUUUCGACUUCCCCGAGUUGCGCUACGGAAAUUCCUCGCACCAAGUGCCAAGAGUCGACGAAUUCGACUACCCCGAAUUGCGCUACGUGAAUUUCUCGCACCAGGUGUCAAGGGUCGACGAAUUCGACUUUCAUAAUUUGAUAGUCACCGAUGAUGGAGAAAUACAUGAUUACGAAUCGCUGACGUCAGCCGAUUCGACGGAGGAAGCGACACUAGACGAGAAUAAUGUGUAUGUGAGAUUUCCGGCGAUUGCACCGGCAUUACCAGCCUCUCCGCCGACUACUCGGGCUACUUCUGCUCAUUAUCCUCGAAAAUUGCGUUCUUGUGAGAAGAAAACAGAUCUAUACAUUUUGCAACCUGAACGACUCAAUACCAGCGGCCAAAGUAACCCUUUGAAGGGAAAACUUACCAAUUGUCACGUAACCGGAUGUGAAAGACCAUUCAGCGUUCAAAAAAUCCGUCAUACCAAUCUAAUACUAUUGGUUGUUGAUACGCUAUGUCCAUGCGGCAGCAAACAAUUAAGCAUCGAACCUAUCGAAGCACUAACGGAACCUGGAGCGUGUAUAGCGCGGAGAGAACGUUUGUAUCGACGAAGACCACCAAAAUGCAUAAAUUACCACCCUGAGGAAAUGGAAAUCAAGUUUUGCGGCAACGCUGACCGACUCUUCAGUUCAACUUUCUCGUCGUUAAAUUUCAUGGUUUUCUUAUCAAUUGUUACAGUGUGGUUUGCGUGACUCUAUCGGGAUUAAUUAAUUACGCAUACACACACAGAACAGUAUACACGCACACAUACAUAUGCAUGCACACAUUCACGUUUACAAAAUACUUUUUGAACAUGGAUUUGUUUGUUUCUAUGAAACAGAUAUAAAGAAGAGAAAAUAAAAAAAGAAAAGGAACUCGUAUUAAGUUCGCGAAUCAUCGCUACUGCACGAAGGUAGUGAAAUGCGUGUAUAUGCAUGCGCGCGCGCACGUGUACGUGUGUAAAAAAGAAAA